AUCCAUUGCAAUCGUGGAUAAUGCCGCCAUAAACAUCGUUGUGCAAAUGUCUAUUCGUGUCCCUGAGUAUAUACCUAGUAACGGGAUUGCCUGAUCAUCUGGCAGUUUUAUACUUAGCUUCCCGAGGAACCGCUACACUGCCUUCCAGAGUGGCUGCACUCUUCUCCAUUCCCACCAACAGUGAAUAAGUGUACCUCUUUUGCCACAUCAUCUCCAGCACUUGCAGUUUUCUGUUUUGUUUUGUUUUGAAACAGUUUAUUCACACAACUCUGGUAUAUUUUUAAUACUUCAACAGCCUUAUACGUGUGUCUGUAUGUGAAUGUCCAUAAACAACAUAUAGGUCUUUUCUUGGUUUGUUUAAAAAAAUUAUAAAAAUGUUAUCCUACUGUAUGUAAUGGCUGCAGUCUUCAUUUGAGAUGAUCCAUAUUAAUACAUAGACUGUUUAUUUUUUAACUGCUACCACAUUUUGUGUUGUUGGACUUUAAUGUUGGUUUUACAUGGUUGGAACUUCUUAAGCUUGUCUCUUUUGUAAAUAUGUGAGCAUUUUUCUCUGGUGUCUCCCCAGAAUUGAAAUUGCAGCCUUUAGAUGUGCUUUCAGCUUUGCUGGAGCCUGGAGAUCGCAUCCACGUUAGGUACUUCGGGGUAAUGUUCAUAAUUCCCGGCAUUCUCCGCAUUCUAUACUUGGCAUUUGUGAGACUUUAGUGUUUGCCUAUCUCAUGAAUAACAAAGGAUGUAUUGUUCUAAUUUGCAUUGUUUUACUAGUGGUGAAAUGUAUUUUUUUUCCAAACAAAAGGCCUCAUAUUUAUUACUGAACCAACUUAUUUAUGCAGAAGCAUAGAAACAAAGAAAAACCAGUUUUUUCCCCAAUAGAAUAAGUCCACCUAUUCAGAAAGGGGAACUUUUUCAACUUGCAGGUGCUGGCGAACUUGGUGCAGAAUCACCGUGUGCGCCAUCACGGGCCGUUCCUUCCGGGCCCAGCUUGGUUCUUCUCUGGUGUCUCCUCUUGGAGUUGUACCUGAUUCUAUUGCCAGUUUUCAUUCCGAUCCACUGAGGAAUGAGACGAUUCUGUUUUUGUUUCUUGGCCAGGAAUCGCUUGAUUCUAAAAGUCCCGUGAGAAGACACGGCGAAGAUGGCAGACGGAGAGAGAAGAGUGAAAUGUAUUUUGGAGAAUCCCUUAGACCCACUGACAAUUGAGGGGUUUGGAGGUGGAGGAAAUGUAGGAAUCACAGACGACUUUCUGGAUUUCUGGCUGCAUGACUGGUGCCUGAAGACCUCUCUUUAGAAGAGAGAGAAGAACUUCUAGACAUUCGUCGAAGAAAAAAGGAACUUAUUGAUGACAUCGAGGUUGCCUUUCCUUCUUGGAAAAAUCCGGUAACCCAGAAUGCAUGCUUCAGCUGCGGAGCUCAUCCUUCACUGGGCUCCUGAUCCAGCUUUGGCUCCCUGGUUCUGCAGACGAGAGGGCAGGCCCCAGCUGGGAGAGGCACGGCCACACCGAGGGCGAGGGCUUCCGCUUGGCCUGGGUCCGCUCUCUGGUCACCUCCUGGGCACCAUCCUUGGGGCUUCCUCUCAUAGAAAGCAGCAGAAGUCAUCCUGAGACAGAGGCUGAAGUACGAAAUUGCAGAAGUGAUGACAGAGAUUGACAAUCUGACGUCUGUAGAGGAGAGCAAAACUACCCAGAGGAACAAGCAGAUAGCUAUGGGAAGAAAGAAAUUCAACAUGGAUCCCAAAAAGGGAAUUCAGUUUCUAAUAGAAAAUGACCUGCUGCAGAGUUCCCCUGAAGACGUAGCCCAGUUCCUUUAUAAAGGAGAAGGCCUCAAUAAGACCGUGAUCGGGGACUACCUGGGAGAGAGGGACGAGUUUAACAUUAAAGUUCUCCAGGCUUUCGUGGAGCUCCACGAGUUUGCAGAUCUCAACCUGGUACAAGCCUUGAGGCAGUUCCUGUGGAGCUUCCGCCUUCCGGGGGAGGCGCAGAAGAUCGACCGCAUGAUGGAGGCCUUUGCGGCUCGCUACUGCCUGUGCAACCCUGGGGUCUUCCAGUCCACAGACACGUGCUACGUGCUGUCCUUCGCCAUCAUCAUGCUGAACACCAGCCUGCACAACCACAACGUGCGCGACAAGCCCACGGCCGAGCGCUUCGUCUCCAUGAACCGUGGCAUCAACGAGGGCGGUGACCUGCCCGAGGAGCUCCUGCGGAACUUAUAUGAAAGUAUUAAAAACGAGCCGUUUAAAAUCCCAGAGGACGACGGCAAUGACCUCACGCACACCUUCUUCAACCCCGACCGCGAGGGCUGGCUCCUGAAGCUCGGGGGGCGCGUGAAGACCUGGAAGCGCCGCUGGUUCAUCCUGACCGAUAACUGCCUCUAUUACUUUGAAUACACAACAGACAAGGAGCCCAGGGGCAUCAUCCCGCUGGAGAACCUCAGCAUAAGGGAGGUGGAAGACCCUCGGAAGCCCAACUGCUUUGAGCUGUACAACCCGAGCCACAAAGGGCAGGUGAUCAAGGCCUGUAAGACGGAGGCCGACGGGCGCGUGGUGGAGGGGAACCACGUGGUGUACCGCAUCUCGGCCCCCACGCCGGAGGAGAAGGAGGAGUGGAUCAAGUGCAUCAGAGCCAGCAUCAGCAGGGACCCUUUCUACGACAUGCUGGCGACGAGGAAAAGGAGGAUUGCCAAUAAGAAAUAGAGCUCCCCUGGCCCAGACAGGUAAAGGUCGAAACCCAAACCCCACAGCACGAGUCGCCACAUCCUCCCCGAGACACCCGGACAUACCUGGACACACCUCUGCAGGCCGUGUCUUCCGGCAGCUGCCAGGAGCAGGGUCUCUGCGGGACGCUGCCCAGUGCACAGGGACGGCUGCCGUGGGGACAAGUUCCAAGAACCAGACUGCGUGCUUGGGCGCUUUGCGUGGGCCGCGUCAGGGACCGUCCGGCAUGUUCCCGCCCUGCCCCAGCGGGCAACGUCCAAGUGUACCCGCUUGUACCCGCAGCAGCUGCUGGUUCCGCUGCCCACGCAGCCGUGCAGCCCACCCCAGGAUCGCUCCCUGUCCGUGGAACCUCGCCCGUCAGACACACGUGCGGUCAGUAGCAGUAGUGAUGGUCACUGUUCUAGAAGCUGCUGUUUUAUAUCAAAACAGGAUAGGAAGAGCUACCACUUUUUUAUUCAGAAUUUUUUUCUCAGAUAUAUAGGAUUAUAGCUUUUAUAUGCCUUUUUAUAUUCUGAAAUUAUAAUGAAAGAUACUUUCUAACAGUAGUAUUUUUAGAAUGGCAGCUAUAAGUUUAACUCCUGGACACAAGUGUAUACUGUGCACUGAAAAAAAAAUAUGCAGCACCCAAAGGGAAGGGUUUGGGGGCACGUGCAGUUGGGCGGGGCUGCUGGGGACCCGCUGGCCAGUGAGCUCUGCCGUGUGGAGACUUUUUUGCCCCACUAAUAGGUUCUAAAAAGCAAAUCACUCAAUAUAAAUGAUGUUUUUUGGAUGGUUAUACUCAACUGCUGAAUUUAGGAAAGGGAGCUUUUCCCCUGGCGAUAGCUCGUCUGCACGGUGGACCCUGUGAAACUGCUCGUCCCCACUGUCUCUGACACACCUGGACGGCACUUUCGUGGGGUUCACCCCAGGACGUGGGGCUGAGUGGCGUCCGACCACAUUCUUCACUAUUUAAAGUGUUUUGGCAAAAUGCUUUAUUUUACCAGCCUUGUAACAAUCUGACCAAAUUUCUUAAUGUAAUGAAUAGAGAGUUUUUGGAGAUUUAAUCUCCCAUUUUGAGGGGACAAGCAAGCUAUGGCAUGAAAGUGUAAUUUAAGGUACAAAUACCUUUAGACCAAACCAGUGUGGCCCUAGGAUUUCUGGGACAGGUUAAACCCGAGAGCCGCUGACCAGGAGGCUGGCAGGGGGCUGAGGCUCGUGCUCGCGGCUGGGCCAGGUGCUUUGUGCCCGGGGCGGGACGGCCAUGGGUGUUCAGGAAGGGGCAGUGACAGAAGCUACUUUCUUCCCCUCCUCCCCGAGAGCAUCUUUCCAGUCCGGGACAUGCACGUCUGACCCGCAGGCCCGCUCGCCUGGGGGCUGUUCCGUGAUGGAGGGCCCGGCCAAGGGGGCUCUUCCCCCAGCCCCCAACUUCCUGCCCCCGCCCCACCUGCGUAGACACAUCUGGAAUUUGCACCUUUAGAUGCUACUGACUACUCCUUUACAAAAGGAAAGUCAAAUUAAACCUCAGAUUGUACGCACUUUCGUCUAGUUCUAAGUAGCAGAAGCAGCCAUUCCUGAUGAUCCGUGUGCUGCCUCGAGCCGAGACAGAACAGCGCUGGCCCUUUGCCUGUGUCGCUGACCUCCAUGUGGCUUUAAGUCACACUGGACUGCAAAGGGGUCUAAGCCCGUAACUUUCCGUCAUGCAUCAAACUGACUUUUUUGGUUCAUUCCCAAGCUUUUAGGCUUUGUCACUGUACUGAUACCUCAAAUUCCAAACUUUGGUUUUUGAGGAAGGCACCAAUUGGCACCCUGAGCCCGCCUGGCACCCAGGCAGCCCCGGCCUCCCGUCUGCACGGGCACGGGGCUCGCUCGGCCCCACCCGCAGCCCCUGGGCCGCUUCCGGUGUCUCACACUCGGAAGAACUGUUUCUCUCUCUCCUGACUGUGACCCCAGCUAUGACCGUGGAGAGACAGGGCUCCUGUCUUUUGGGUUUGGCCUCAGAGUUGUGUUGGGGGAAGUGAGCAUGAAGGAAACACCUAAUAAGAUGUUUCUCUGCUCCGGGCACCUGUGGGAGAGCUUCGCCCGCGGCUGUCUCCCUGGGGCCGCUGCAGACCCGGUGCUUAGAAUUCACGAGCUGCCACCUUCCAAUUCCAGGUCCUGCCGGGACACUAUUAACACAUGGGGCCUACACUGCGGGUCGGGCCAGGCUGGCUCGGCCACGUGGGGGGCACAGCAGGGGCCCUGGCACCUCUCCACGUGGCAUUCAUCCUGCUCAUGUUCCCCACCCCCCUCCCCAAUGUCUACGCUCAGUGCUUGAAUUAUUAGUUCAACUGUGGCCAAAGACAAAACUUCCUCCAGAGACAGAGGGGAGCAGGCAGCAAAGGGAGCUUAGGGUACAGAGCAUGGUGGCCACGGCCUUGCCCACCUCCCUGCGGGGCCCUGCUGGCAUCCCCGAGGGCUCGCUGGACUGAUGCUGGACCCAGACAAGCAAUGUAGUGUCUUCAGGGUCCCCUGUGUCCAACCAGUUUAACGUGGUACCGAGCUCAGAAUAGGAGCAUUUAAUGCCUCAUAUAAAGCAAUGCCUAUUUUUCAAGUUACAGAUGCAUUUAUCUACAUAGACGUGCUUGCUGAGAAGUUAGGUCUAUGGUAGACCAGAAACCACAACUUGUGAUUUCUCAUUUUAUUUUCUUAGAAAAUUUCUAUUACAAUAAAUGUAGUUAUUAUGUAAAUAAUGUACAUAUCUUGAUUUCUGGAAUGUUUAUGCAAUGUAUAUACUCCCACAAAUUGCAUGAAGAAAUAUUAUCUAUUAAUAUUUUGUUGUAAAGCAACUAGUACAAUUGAAGGGUGUACGGCUGUAAAAGCUCUCUUGCAGAUACCGUGUUCAUGCAAUAAAAAUCAAAUGUAUUGUUAAG